AUGGCGUCACCAACAGCUCUCUACCAAAUCCAAUCCCUUUUUCUCUAUAAAAACAAUCACCCCCGCCUCUCUGUUUCCCAAACUCAUCCAUUUCGUUCCAAUUUCUUCUUGCAAAGGAAGUUAUCAUUCGAGGUGCCAAGGAUGCCGAGGAAAGAAACGGUUGUUGUGUCUGCGACGACGGCGGAAAAGAAGCGUCAUCCCGGUGAGGCGAAGGGGUUCGUGGAAGAGAUGAGGUUUGUGGCUAUGAGGUUACAUACCAAAGACCAGGCUAAGGAAGGUGAGAAAGAAGUUAAAAAGCCGGAAGAGAGAGCCGUGACUAAGUGGGAACCUACUGUUGAUGGAUACUUGAGGUUCCUUGUUGAUAGCAAGAUUGUUUAUGAUACUCUCGAGAAGAUUGUUCAAGAUGCUGCUUAUCCUUACUAUGCUGAAUUCAAAAAUACAGGAUUGGAAAGGUCGGCAAGUUUGGACAAAGAUUUGGAGUGGUUCAAGGAGCAAGGUUAUACCAUUCCGGAACCUUCAUCUCCUGGUCUUACCUACGCACAAUAUCUUACAGAUUUGUCUCAGAACGACCCCCAAGCCUUCAUAUGCCACUUUUACAACAUCUAUUUUGCACAUUCAGCUGGUGGUCGAAUGAUUGGGAAGAAGAUUGCUAGUCAGUUACUUAACAACCAGGCUUUGGAGUUCUAUAAAUGGGAUGGUGACCUUUCGCAGAUGUUGCAGAACGUGAGAGACAAACUGAAUAAAGUUGCUGAAGAAUGGAGUCGAGAAGAGAAGAAUCAUUGUCUGGAAGAAACAGAGAAGUCAUUCAAGUUAUCUGGAGAGAUUCUGCGUCUAAUACUAUCCUGA